AUGCCCGAGGUGGAUCUGGGCGAUCCGCUCUUCUACGGCGAGGGCGACUUCGACCCUUGGGGCUCCACCGACCCGACGCCGAACAGCGCCGAACAGCGACGUCGGUGGCCGAUUCGGCUGGUUGGGGAGAGGCCAAGCUGGGGCUUGGCCCAGCUGUGUCUCAAGGAGGCGGAGCCCAAGACAUCAGGUCUCUUCAAGGAGCGUGCUCGCAUUCCGCCGCGUGCCGCGCCCCCGGAAGCCGCGGCGGGGGCACGAAGCCGCGGAAGCCGCGGCAACUCUCGAGUCUUCUCGGCCAGUCUGGCCCUGGACCAGGGGCUCAUCGAUGUCUUGUUUCGUGAUUCGUUGAGGUACCCAGAGGAUGGCUACCACGAUGCGGACGCCCGCGAGGCCGAUCGCUUCGUCCGGGAGCCAGAAGUUGCGGCGCGUGGCUUCGUGAGUCGUUUCAACACCCCGGUGAAGGACUCCCGGAGUGUGAACGUGGAUUUGUACGAUGAGGUCUUCCGCCCCGUGGGCGUGUCCAUGAUGCAGUAUGAACGUCUCAUGAGCUUUGCCAACAAGUGCAAGGCCACGCCAGGCUCCGUGGUGGUGCCGGGCGGGAAGAGCAACGGCAGGUUUGUGUUGCUCACGUAUGGCGCAGCUGUGGCGCACAAGCACGGCCCUGAGAGUCCUGAAAAGCUGGGCGAUCCCAUUUGUGUCUACUUGGGACGGCUAACGCCGCGCCAGAGCUUAUCGCCGCAGCUGCUGGAGAAGGGCCCGGUGCGUGGCUCGGUGGUGGGCGGCUCCGCGCUGGUGGACGGCUCGGUGACCGAGAAGGUCUACCCCUCCGACAUUGUUGCAGCAGAGCCCACUGAGUGGCUGGAGUGGGACUUGGACGACUUGCAGAGGAUCAUCGAUGCUCCAGGCUGGCGGGCGGUGCAGGCGAGCUUCUACCACUUGCAGCUCGGCACCUUGGACCGCGAUCGUGCCUCCAAGAUUAAGGCCGACGACAAGACCAAGGUGAAGGGAAGUGCUGAAGCGCAGCCGAACGAAGAGGCUGAUGCAGUUGCUGUUCUUCAUCGCGGUGCCCUUCUUCGGCUUCGGCUUCGCGGACAACGCGCCCUUUGGUCGGUGGAGACCGGGUGGGAGGGGUGGAGGGAGUGGAUGCAAAGGGGAGACCGGAACGGGGAAAAACGCCGGUGCGGUUCUUUUUUUGGGGUUGGGCAUUCAACAAAAACUAUAGCGGCUUAA